UUGGCUUAGACUGAGAGAAAAUGAAUGCACGGCAAUGGAAGACAGCAGUGUUUUGAAUAAGCUCUACGGUAAUUCACACGUCGACCAGCGGUGGCAGUAAAGCGCCGCGGCCCGUUCAAAUGUGCCUGAAACCCGCGAAGAAGAGCGUUCUCCCCACCAUGGCGGAAGCAGAGCAGCAGUCAGGAUCCACUCCCGAGGAUGAAGCAUGUGCAGUCCCAGACAGCAUCACCUUCAUGGUACCCAAGAAGGAGAUCAGCAUGGUGUCAGACAUGGGCAAGUGGAAGCGAUCUCAAGCGUAUGCUGACUACAUGGGUUUCGUUCUGACGCUGAAUGAAGGUGUGAAGGGAAAGAAGCUCACAUGUGAAUAUAAAGUGUCAGAGACAGUGGAGAAGUUACUAGAUCUUUUGGACACUCUGGACCGAUGGAUAAACGAGACCCCACCCGUUGACCAGCCAUCCCGCUUUGGUAAUAAGGCCUACAGAAGCUGGUCUGCCAAACUAGACCAGGAGGCCGAGGCUUUGGUGGCAGCAAUGCUGCCAGCUGACAGAUGUGCUGCUGCUCCAGAGAUAGCUGUCUAUCUGAAGGAGGCUGUGGGGAACGCCACCAGGAUCGACUAUGGAACAGGUCAUGAAGCUGCCUUCGCUGCGUUCCUCUGCUGCCUUUGUAAGGUUGGAGCUCUGCGAGUAGAUGAUCAGCUGGCUAUCGUUUUCAAGGUGUUCAACAGUUAUCUGGCAGUGAUGCGGAAGCUACAAAAGACUUACAGAAUGGAGCCUGCUGGGAGCCAAGGUGUGUGGGGACUAGAUGACUUCCAGUUUCUGCCCUUCAUUUGGGGCAGCGCCCAGUUAGUAGAUCACCCAACACUGGAGCCCCGGCACUUCCUUGAUGAGAGGGUGGUGAACGAGCACCAACAAGACUUCAUGUUCCUGGAGUGCAUCAAAUUCAUUAACGAGAUGAAGACCGGUCCGUUUGCUGAACACUCCAACCAGCUGUGGAACAUCAGUGCGGUUCCUUCCUGGUCCAAAGUGAACCAGGGCCUGAUCCGAAUGUACAAAGCAGAGUGUUUGGAGAAGUUCCCUGUGAUCCAGCACUUUAAGUUUGGUAGCCUGCUGUCCAUCCAGCCGGGGAAGACUUGACGCUCCGGCACGCAAUGGAAAGACCAAAAUCCCGACAUUUUUCUCUUCCUCUGGUAUUUUCACGUGCAAAUAAAACAGUAGCAAAAACCAACCACAUGUAGUUUGACACACGGUUUGCCACGCGUGUGGUCAGGAAAGCUUCUAGGUCAUCCACGACUUAACGUCACAGCAUGUUGUGGAUGACCUUUUAUCAUUUUAGAACCUCUUUGUUUUUUCUAUUUUAUUUAUACAAUGGAUACAGCUCGGAAUCCGCCUCCUUUCUUUUUUAAUAUAUAUAUUUUUUAAGUCUACUCAUGCCUCCUCAUGAGCACAGACUUGUUUGACUUCUUCAAACUGCUAUGGUAUAGAUGGUGAUUCACCUGAGGA